CCAGGAAGUGACUCGCCCCGUGACCUCCGGCCCGCGGCGCUGCCUUUUGGUUUGCCACUGUACGUCCGUCGGAGGCUUUAGUGGCUCCGAAGGUGGAUAAAAGAAAAGGAAUGUCAGAGGCAUGACUAACCUGCUAGAAGCCAUCGAGGCAUCAAGAGAAGAGUCCUGAUGCACAACCCAAGACUAUUCCUUUCCAGGGUGGGUUUCUUCUCCAAAUCAGGACUUCUUCCUUGGUAUGCCACAAACCCACCAGAUUUGUCACAGUCCUUUUGGGGCAGAGCACAUAAGGGAGAUUUCACCAGUGUGACAGUCAAGAAGCAUCCAAGCCGACAAAAGUAUCAGAAGAAACAAAGGCACUUUAGAUCACUCGAGGACUCCUGGCAGGAGAGGCUGGCUGAUGUUGUGACUCCACUCUGGAGGCUGAGCUAUGAAGAGCAGCUCAAGGUGAAAUUUGAAGCCCAGAAGAAAAUUAUACAGAGACUAGAGUCGUCCCUACGAGUGCUCCAUGGAGUCAGUGGGAGAGUGGCCGCACCCCAUUCUGAGGGGCUGCGCUGUCACCUCCAUCCUAUUAUACCCUCUCCCAUCAUCGAUGGCUACCGAAAUAAGUCCACCUUCUCUGUGAACCGGAGCCCAGACGGCAACCCAAAGACUGUGGGGUACUACCUAGGAACUUGGAGAGAUGGGAAUAUUGUCUGUGUACCGUGUAGCCAUCUGAAAAACAUCCCGGAAAAACACAGUCAAGUAGCUCAGUACUAUGAAGUAUUCCUUCGACAGUCUUCAGUGGAACCCUGUCUUCUGUUUCAUGAAGGUGGACACUGGCGUGAGCUCACAGUUCGAACCAAUAGCCAAGGACACACAAUGGCUAUCAUCACUUUUCAUCCCCAGGGAUUAAGUCAGGAGGAGCUCUGUGUUCAGAAGGUGACCUUGAGGGACUUUUUCACUAAAGGCCCUGGAGCAGUCUGUGAAUUGACCUCACUCUAUUUCCAGGAAAGCACCAUGACCCGUUGCAGUCAUGAGCAGUCCCCCUACCAGCUCCUGUUUGGGGAACCCCACAUCUUUGAAGAUCUUCUGGGUUUGAAGGUCCGCAUCUCUCCAGAUGCCUUCUUCCAGAUUAAUACUGCUGGUGCAGAAUUGCUGUAUCAGACCAUUGGGGAACUGAGUGGAGUGGACUCCAAUACCAUCCUCCUUGACAUUUGCUGUGGAACAGGUGUAAUUGGCCUUUCUCUGGCUCAGCGUGCAUCCCAGGUCCUUGGCAUUGAGCUGGUAGAGCAGGCAGUAGAGGAUGCCAGGUGGACUGCAGCCUUCAAUGGUGUCACCAACUGUGAGUUUCAUGCUGGAAGAGCAGAGAAGAUUUUGCCACAGUUGUUGAAGUCGCAGGAAGAUGAGAAGUUAACUGUUGCUGUGGUGAACCCUGCCCGUGCUGGACUGCAUUACCAAGUGGUGCAAGCCAUUCGGAACUGCAGGGCCAUCCAGAGGCUAGUUUUUGUUUCCUGCAAGCCGCAUGGUGAAAGCACAAGGAACUUCAUUGAAGAGCCCCUGGUCAGUUAUAUGAGACACUGAUAACAAGAACAACGAAACUGAGCUAGAGAGGUGGCUCUGCGCUUACAAGAAUGUACUGCUUUCGCAGAGGAACCGAGUCUCAUCACUGCACCCACAUCAGGCAGCUCACAGGCACCUGUGAUUCAGGCUCCACGAGGAUCCAGCACCUCUGGCUUCCAUGGACAACCCUUCACAUGCGCAUGUGCAUGCAUGCUUACAUACAUGGCUGAAAAAGUAAAUCUUGAAAAAUCAAGUCAUAUUUGCAGGAAAUUUGAUGAACUUGACAUUAUUCUGAUAAGCGAAAUAAGCCAAUCUUAGGAAGACAAAUGCCAAAUGUUUGCUCUUGUACAUGGAUCCUGCAUUAUAAAUAUUUGUGCACAAAUGUGUGUGUUUCUGUGUAGGUCAUAAAACAGCAAGACAAUCUUAAGGGACUGUGAUAAGUAGAGGAGGGGAGUCCCUGGGGAAGGAAGGAACUCAGUCAGAGAGGUAGGAAGCACAGGGUAGGGUAGAGGAGGAGGAAAGUAAAUGAUAUAUGAUAUAUAUGUAUAAAAAUACCACUUUGUAUGUUACCUUUGAAAAUUACUUAACGGAAGGACCCCCUUCAGAAAUAGAGCCCAGUAACAAUUUUCUCUGUCUAGAAAGAACUGGGGAGAGGGCCGUAGAGCUGGCUAAGGGGUUGAGAGUACGUGAUGCUCCUACAGACUUGGCUUUGGUUUCCAGUGCCCACAUGCUGGUUCGUAACCAUGGGCAACUCCAAUUUCUGGGGACCUGAUGCCCUCUUCUGACUUCCUCGGGCACCAGGCAUGCAUGUGGUGCGCAUACAUGCAUACAGGCAAAGCACUCAUACACAUAAACAUUAAAUAAAUCUAAAAAGUAUUUUAGAAAGAAAGAACUGGGGACAUAUGAGAGAUGGGAAAGUAAAUUAAUUACCUCAUGUACCUUUUAAUGCUAUUUCAUUUUGACUCAGAUGAAAGAAUUAAUUAUAUUUUACAUUAUAUAUAAUAACAAUGAAUUUUAAAAUGCAGUGGUUAAAAUGAAACCUAGAAUUAAGCUAGCACACUGAGAAAAUUUCUAAACAUGGCCUCAAAAAGGCAAGACAGUUUUAAUUCUAUAUGGUAGAAAAAGUCUGAGUGCAAAAGUACAAGAGAAUGGGUAUAAAUUGAUACAACCUUUUUAGAAGAGUUUAAUGGUGGGUACAUGUCUUAG